UGCUCUGUGUGUCGAGCUGGCGCGAGAACGCGGGUCCCGGGAAUCCCGGCGCCCUGUCCUCUUCCAUUGUACUCAGUGGAGUGCGUGAGGCCGAGGUGGACAUGGAGUCGCAGAGGUGCCCCUUAUUGGAAGUGAAAAAGAAUAUAGAGUUGAAGACACCGCUGGUCAAGGGUCCUUCCCAACUGCCUCUCUCAAGAAGUAGGCUCAAGAGGGGGCCUAACCAGAUGGAAGAUGCAUUGGAGCCUGCAAAGAAACGGACACGAGGUGUGGGCGCAGCAACCAAAAUCAACACGUCCCGCUCCAGAGUACCACCCCUCACCACAGUACCACAGACACAAGGCCAUACUGCAGUUCAAAAAGUUCCCAAGAAGACAGCACCCCGUUGUUCCACAGCUAUUACUGCAGUGUUGAAGAACCAGAAGCCAGUCCCUGCUGUUCCUGCCCAGAAACCUGGCCCAACAGCUGUUCCUCCCAUAGCGGGAGUAAAGAAACCCAGCAAACGUCCUGCCUGGGAUUUAAAGGGUCAGUUAUGUGACCUAAAUGCAGAGUUGAAACGCUGCCGUGAAAAGACUCAAACAUUGGACCAAGAGAACCAGCAGCUGCGGGAACAACUUAAAGAGGCCCAACAGCAGRCCAAGGACUUGGGGACAGAACGCAGUACCCUAGAAGGGGAGUUGGCCAGGGUACGCACCCAGGCUGAGCAGGGCCAACAGCAGCUUGGGAAUCUGAGUGCCCGUGUCCUAGAGCUGGAAGAAAGGCUGGGCACACAGGAAGGUUUAGUGCAAGUCCUCCAGAAAGAACAGUUGGAAUUACAGGAGGAACGGAGGGGGCUGAAAACCCGAUUGGAGGAGCAAGAGAGGAGGCUACAGGCAUCAGAAGCAGCUCUGUCAAGCAGCCAAGCAAAGGUGGCAUCUCUGCAGCAGGAGGCUGCAACCCAGGCAGCCUUACUGGCUGAGCGAGGAGACCGUCUCCAUGGGCUAGAGAUGGAGCGCCGGCGACUGCAUAACCAGCUGCAGGAAUUGAAGGGCAAUAUCCGGGUAUUCUGCCGGGUUCGUCCUGUCCUUGAAGGGGAAUCCACCCCAUCCCCUGGCUUCCUCUUGUUUCCUCCUGGCCCCAGUGGGCCCACUGAUCCUCCAACUCGCCUUAGCCUGGCCCGAUCUGAUGAUCGGCGUGCAACCCUGAGUGGGGCACCAGCCCCCACUACCCGCCACGAUUUCUCCUUCGACCGGGUAUUCCCACCAGGAAGUAGGCAGGAUGAAGUAUUUGAGGAGAUCUCCAUGCUUGUCCAGUCCGCCCUGGAUGGCUACCCAGUAUGCAUCUUUGCCUAUGGUCAGACAGGCAGUGGCAAGACCUUCACAAUGGAGGGUGGGCCUGGGGGAGAUCCCCAGUUGGAGGGACUGAUCCCUCGGGCCCUGCGGCACCUCUUCUCUGUGGCCCAGGAGCUGAAUGGCCAGGGCUGGACUUACAGCUUUGUGGCAAGCUACGUAGAGAUCUAUAAUGAGACUGUUCGAGACUUGCUAGCCACUGGGACCCGAAAGGGCCCAGGGGGCGAAUGUGAGAUUCGUCGUGCAGGACCAGGAAGUGAAGAGCUUACUAUCACCAAUGCCAGAUAUGUCCCUGUCUCCUGUGAGAAAGAGGUGGAGACACUGCUUCAUCUGGCCCGCCAGAAUCGGGCUGUGGCCCGAACAGCCCAGAAUGAGCGAUCAUCACGCAGCCACAGUGUGUUCCAGCUGCAGAUCUCUGGAGAGCAUGCUGCCCGAGGUUUACAGUGUAUAGCCCCCCUUAAUCUUGUGGACUUGGCUGGAAGUGAGCGGCUAGACCCUGGCUUAGCCCUUGGCCCAGGGGAACGGGAUCGUCUUCGGGAAACACAGGCCAUUAACAGUAGCCUGUCCACACUGGGGCUGGUCAUCAUGGCCCUGAGCAAUAAGGAGUCUUAUGUGCCUUACCGGAAUAGCAAGCUCACCUAUCUGCUACAGAAUUCUCUGGGUGGCAGCGCUAAGAUGCUCAUGUUUGUGAAUAUUUCCCCUCUAGAAGAGAAUGUCUCGGAGUCCCUCAACUCUCUCCGCUUUGCCUCCAAGGUGAACCAGUGUGUGAUUGGUACUGCUCAGGCCAACAAGAAAUGAAGAUGGAUCCAGAUCUUAUUUGUGUGUGUAUGCGCACUCAUAUGUUUUUGUGUGUAUGUGUUGGGGAGUGGGGAAUGCCUUAUUG